UUUGGCUGUCUUUGGUUGCUGGCACGGUGGUGUUGAGUGGUAUUCAGUGGUAUUCGAAAUCAACUUCAUUUUCAACAAUUUCUAAACUGACAGCUUCACUGUUACACUUAUUGAAUUCAAAGAAACUCAAACGAAAACACCAUUCGGAGGAAAAUGUCAAAAAUCGAAGAAGGAAACUCUCAUAUACGCCAAGCUGAGAAAAGCUUAAAAACAUCACUGUUAAAAUGGAGACCCGAUUUUGAAGUCGCGGCUGAUGAAUACACGAGUGCAGCGACAUGCUUUAGAGUAGCAAAGUCAUAUCAACAAUGUAAAGAUUGUUUGAUGAAGUCUGCUGAUUGUUACAAAGAAAAUAGAUCAUGGUUUCAUGCUGCAAAGAAUAUUGAACAAGCUGUGUUAAUAUGCAAAGAGAUGGGCAAUCUUGCAGAUGUGCCAACAUUAGCACACAGGGCUUGUUCCCUAUAUCAGAUGCAUGGAUCACCUGAAUCAGGUGCAAGUGUGCUUGAUAAAGCAGGAAAGAUGAUAGAGGCUAGUCAACCACAAGAAGCAUUAGAACUAUUUAAACGUGCUGCUAAUAUUGUUAUGGGAGAAGAUAGUCCACGUCAAGCAGCAGAAUACAUGAGCAAAGUAGCAAGAUUGUUAGUAAAAUUGCAAAUGUACGAUGAGGCAGCAGAUGCAAUUCGCAGAGAAAUUGGAAUGCAUCAGCAAAUAGACCAUGCGCCUUCUGUGGGAAGAUUAACUGUAGCGUUAGUAUUAGUACAAUUAGCUAGAGGAGAUCAAGUGGCAGCUGAGAAAGCUUUCAAGGAAUGGGGAAAUUAUUGUGAAGCCCCUGAGGUUCACACACUUGAAAUGUUAUUACAAGCAUAUGAUAAUGAGGAUGCAGAUGCUGCAAAAGCUGCUUUAAAUAGUCCUUUUAUAAAGCACAUGGAUGUUGAGUAUGCUAAGCUUGCUAGAGGUUUACCUCUACCACAACAAGAAUAUGCUAUACCACCAGCAGGAGUAAGAGCAAAUGCAGCAGAGUCAUAUACAUCUCCCAAUGCAGCUAAAUUAUUGGAUGAAACUACUAAUGAUGGCCAAAACAUCAGUAACAAUGCAGCUGAAGAUACUACUGAAAAACCAACAGAAUGUAGUGUUCAAAAUGAAGAACAACCAGCAUCCUCUCAAAAAGUAGAAAAAGAAGAAGAUGAAUAUGAAGAAGGAUUGUGUUGA